AUGGUAUCCCGACCUGUUAUUUUUGCUUUUCGUGGCAGUCUUCAGUGCUGGAGACAGCGGGCUAUCCUGAAAGCUGCUUUGGGGACGUCGGUCUCCGGCAUCUGCAGUCGGUUGUCUUCGACAAGAAGCGGGAGCGUUACCAGCAUGGAGGAAAUGUUGGCGAGAGUCGUAUCACCGUUACCCACCUACGAAACAAGAGAAAAAUGCCCACCUCCUCCAGAGGCCAACAGUUUAGAGUUCAUGCACUUUUACAGAAGUCUUGACAGAGAAGAGAAAUUCAAUUUCCUGGCGAAGCUGUCACGAGACUUUGGAGUGGAUCAUAAAAGCGUUUCGGAAUUCGCUGGGAAGCUUCUGGACACCCAAUUUAGGGACUUGGCUACCAUUUUGCAGGUUGAGGACAGACUUCGAUACAGCUUGACUCCUCGUUACAAACAGUUACUUAACCACAUAAGCAGGGUGGAAGGGGGAGUGAAGUUUCUGGUUGACCUUAGAGCCGACGUGCUAGAAACCAUCUCAUCAAAAAGUAGCGACAGCCCGCACUUCAGGGAUUUGAAUGGAACACUGAAGAGCUUGCUGUCUGAGUGGUUCUCUGUAGGUUUACUCAGACUCGAGCGGAUCACCUGGCAUUCUCCCUGUGAGAUCCUACAAAAAAUCAGCCAGUAUGAGGCAGUGCAUCCAGUUAGGAACUGGGCUGACCUUAAGCGCAGAGUGGGGCCAUACCGUCGUUGCUAUGCCUUUACCCAUGCUGCCAUGCCAGGAGAGCCUUUGGUUGUGCUGCAUGUAGCCCUCACAGAAGAUAUCACAGACAACAUACAGAGUAUUGUACGUGAGUUUUCCACCCUUGAUCUGGAAGAGGAUGCAAACAAGGUAAAUGCAGCAAUCUUCUACUCCAUCUCCUCCACCCAAGCUGGUCUACAAGGUGUUGAGCUGGGAAACUAUAUCAUCAAGAGGGUGGUUCGGGAACUGCAGAGUGAGUUUCCGCACAUGACCCAGUUUUCCAGCCUAUCCCCCAUCCCAGGCUUCUCCUCGUGGCUACAAGGCCUUCUCAGCCAAUACCGGAAAGAAGGUCGUGGCUUGGACCUCCUUUCUGAGCAGGAGUGGCAGGAAGUGGAGAAAACCACUGACAUCUCCCAGGGCAAUAGUGCCACUGAUGUUCUUCGUAAGUUAAUAGCCACAAGUGAAUGGAUGCGUUCGGAACGCCUCUCUGCCCUCCUGGAGCCCGUUUUGAUGCGACUCUGUGCCUGGUAUCUAUACGGGGAGAAGAGGAGGGGUUACGCACUUAACCAAGUAGCCAACUUCCACCUUCAAAACGGCGCUACAAUGUGGCGGCUUAAUUGGCACGCUGAUACGAGCCCAAAGGGUGUGGCAAACUCCUGCGGAAUAAUGGUGAAUUAUCGUUAUUUCUUGAAUGAGACUUCAAAAAACAGUGCUCUUUACCUGCAGAAUAAAGUCAUCACAGCCUCGGAUCAAGUUCUUGGAUUGGUGUCGCAGUUUCAGAAGAACAGUAAACUCUGA